GAGUUCAGCUUCAUAAAGUUGAUGAAUAUCUUUGCAGGUGCAGCUGUUGGAAGACGACAGUGACUUUUACCGUCGGUACAAGUCAUCAUGGAGCUGCGUCGCUCUACUUGUGUUCUGCUGGUUCUCUGUUUGACGAGUGCAAAUGCCGGGAACAUAUUGGUGUGGUACACGGAGGCCAGCCACUGGAUUAACAUGAAGCCGGUGCUGGAGACUCUGAUCGACAGGGGACACCAGGUGACCGUCUUGGUUCCGAGUGUAUCCAUGUUCAUGAACAGCAGCGAACCAGCUCGCUUUCGCUACGAACCUUUCAACGUCUCCGUCUCCCAUAAGGAUUUUGAGGACUUUCUUGAAGAGUUUUUUCAUUUCUCCAUGUAUGAAAUUGAUUACUUAAACUACUUUCAGCUUUACAUGAGAUACAUGGAUAUUAUGAAAACUGAUCUGCAUUAUUCGUUGAAGUAUUUGGAUGGUGUGAUUAAAUCAAAAACCAUAAUGAAGAAGCUGAAGGCAGGAAACUAUGACCUUCUCCUGGCUGACCCGAUAUACCCCGGCAGUGACUUGGUUGCAGAUACUCUGGGGAUCCUGCUCGUCUUUUCCUUGCGUUUUUCCAUGGUUCAUAACUGGGAGAGACUGUGUGGUCAGAUUCCCGCUCCACCUUCCUAUGUCCCCGGUGCCAUGAGCAAACUGACAGACAAGAUGGACUUCUCCGAGAGAUUGUGGAACUUUAUCUUCUAUGCUCUGCAGGACAUAGUAAUAGACUUCGUUGUGUGGAAUGAGGUGGAUAGAUAUUAUUCUGAAGUCAAAGGAGCCCCCACCAGCGCCUGUGAGUUGAUGGGUAAAGCAGAAAUCUGGUUAAUACGAACAUACUGGGAUUUUGAAUUCCCUCGUCCACUGCUUCCCAACUUCAAAUAUGUUGGAGGAAUCCACUGCAGGCCUGCUAAACCUUUACCAAAGGAUAUGGAAAAAUUUGUGCAGAGUUCUGGAGAGGCUGGAAUUGUGAUCUUCACUUUGGGAUCCAUGAUCAAGAACAUCACCACAGAGAAGGCAAACAUGAUUGCCUCAGCCCUCGCUCAGAUUCCACAGAAGGUAUUGUGGAAAUACAGUGGCAAAAAACCAGAAACUACUGGUCCGAACACCAGAAUUUACAACUGGAUCCCUCAGAAUGACCUGCUCGGUCAUCCUAAAACAAGAGCUUUCAUCACUCACGGUGGCACAAAUGGGAUUUAUGAAGCCAUCUACCACGGUGUUCCCAUGGUGGGGAUCCCCAUGUUUGCUGACCAGCCAGACAACAUGGUCCAUGUGAAAGCUAAAGGAGCUGCAGUUGCUAUGGAGCUGAACUUCAUGACUGUUGAGAGCCUUAGAGAUGCCAUCAUCACAGUCGUCAACGACAAAUCCUAUAAAGAAAAUGCUCUGCGACUGUCCAGAAUCCACCACGACAGGCCCCUGAGUCCUCUGGAUGAGGCCGUGUUCUGGAUCGAGUUCACCAUGAGAAACAAAGGGGCCAAACACUUGCGUGUCCAGGCCCACGAGCUCACCUGGUACCAGUAUCACAGCCUGGAUGUCUUGAUGUUUCUGCUCUCAGUGGUUCUGAUCUUCUCAUUCAUCCUCGUCAAGACCUGCAGUCUCUGUUUCAGGAAGUGCUGUGGCAGAAAAAGCACAAAGAGAAAGGCUGAAUAGCAGAUUAAACUGAGAUGUUGAGAGUUUGUGAGCAGAAUACACACGUGAAGUAAAGUAACUUACAUUUAGGAACACUGACAGCGUGAUGGGUAACUUCAUAUAUGAACCUUCAGUCCUCCUGUGAGCAGUGCGCUUCAAGGCCCUGCUUGUGACCUAUUGUUACAUCUCUUGCCCAAUUCCCUCCACCCCCCUUUCAUGUCUCCACUCUGUCAAUAAAGAACACAAUAGCCAUAAAAACAAAAUACCUUGAAUUUA